ACACACGAAGUUACUAUUAAACUUUUUAUCAUAACGCCACAGUCAACAGGGUCAAGUAAGUUGUUGCAAAACCCCUGUUCUCAAACACCAUGGCCGAUGAAUCAAUACGAAUUCUGUGUCGCAAACUUUUGUUGAUCUCAAAAACCGAUUCAGGCAUACAAUGGUUGAUCGGCUCCCCUUUUCUACCAAGCUGCACCAUCGUUUCAACUUUCAGAUGCAUUCAUACUCUCGCUUCCGAUCCUCUUUCACCCGAUUUCUCCAAAGAAGCAGGUGAUAUGCGGGCAUUGUUACCCAGGGGAUUUGAGGUGAUUGGAGCUUUAAUUGUUGGUACAUCCAACGCGAAUGUUGAACGGUUGGCUCAAGAUGCCAUAGGCGCCUCAGUUAGAUUGAGAAAAACUCUUUUACAAUCAGAGAAUCAAAGUUUAGUUGGAGCUGUUGUGGAUCCGAGUUCUGGGGCGCUUCGUUUUUUUGUAUCGGAUUCUGGCGUUAAGUCGGUUGAUACAGUUGUGUAUGAAGAACAGCCCGAGAAGUAUGUUUGGGAGAGAGGUUGUGUAUUGAACUGUGAGCUUCCGAUCAAGCUGCCUGUUAUUUAUUCUGUGGAGGAGCUAAAAGGGGCAGAAGACAUGCUAAUACGUGCAAUCGAGGCUGUUGUUGCUAAAUUUAGAGACUCUAAGACAACAUAUGUUCUAGAAACACUCGAUAAUUCCAUUACUGAAGCACCACAUGCUGUCGUUAUUCGUAGCAGGGAAUUGGAUCUUCCAACCGAGUCUAAUCCAAAUUCUUUAUUGUGCUCUCACUUUUUCUCUGAAGACAAUAACCACAAAUCUCGUUCAGCAGAGAAUGCAGAUAAAAUCCAAGUAACUUUAUUACUUGCUACUUCAGGAGCUUCUCCAAAACCUGCUGCCCCUGUUGCUGAAUAUAUUCCAGGUGAAGCCAAGCUUCUAGUCGUUGACUAUAAACUAAAAGUCAUCUGUUAUGCAACAAAGGAUCUUCGGUUAACAGAUGCAGUGUCAAAAUUGAUUAUUCCUGGGUUAGUUGACCAGUUACACACUAUGAAGAACAUGACCUUACCCAAUCUUUUAUCGCAACAUCCAAAGCUACAUCCGUAUCACUUCAAUCCCCCCGGGUUUCUGCAUCCAAUAACUGCCAUUUAUGAUUCACUGUAUGGUGAGACAGAAAUGAAGCAAGUUGAAAUCAGACGGUCUCUUCAUUUGAGGCUCGGAUUACCUUCAGAUCAACCUCUUUUAAGAAUUGCUAGUGCCGUGAACUUUUCAAUUGCAAAAGAUGGCGCAAGCGGAAACACUUUAAAAAAGGGAAUUCCUUUGCUCAAAGACGUACAUAUUGGGAUCCCAAGUAGUGGAGUUAAUGGUGGGGAUGUAUCUCUGGUUCAAGGUUCUUAUGAAUACUAUCAUUACCUUCAAGACGGUUUUGAUGACUCGGGCUGGGGUUGUGCUUACCGAUCGUUGCAGACCAUUGUUUCAUGGUUUAAAAUCCAACAAUACACGUCUAUUGGUGUUCCUUCACAUCGGGAAAUACAACAGUCGCUUGUAGAAAUUGGAGAUAAAGACCCUUCAUUUAUCGGGUCCCGCGAGUGGAUUGGUGCCAUUGAACUAAGCUUUGUUUUGGACAAACUCCUUGGUGUAAGCUGCAAGGUCAUAAAUGUCAGAUCUGGAGACGAAUUACCUGAAAAAUGUAGAGAACUCAUGAUGCAUUUUGAGACCCAAGGAACACCUAUUAUGAUCGGUGGUGGGGUUCUUGCAUAUACCCUUUUGGGAGUUGAUUACAACGAUACAACCGGCGAUUGUGCAUUUUUAAUACUUGAUCCUCACUAUACGGGUAGUGAUGAUUUAAAGAAAAUAGUUAACGGUGGAUGGUGUGGAUGGAAGAAAGCGAUUGACAGCAAGGGGAAACGGUUUUUUCUGCCAAAUAAGUUCUACAAUCUCUUGCUCCCACAAAGACCAAACAUGGUUUGAUUUAAGGAUACCGAUAUACUUAGGGCAUUAGUAACCUUAAAGUUUCCAAAACACGCCCUCGAGUUUACAUCCACAGAUGGUGGUAAAUGUUUUUGACUUGCUUUGUUGUUUGAGUCUGUUUCAGUCAAAUGUUAUUUGGUUAUUUCCUGUUUUUUUUUUUUUUUUCAAAGAUUUCAAAAGUGGUGUGCAAACUAAUAUAGGUGGUGUUAUUGACACAAAAUGGUCGCAGCUGUUUUUACUUGCUUUAUUUAACAAGGACUAUUUUGGUCAAUGCUAUAGUUUACUUCUCGUUUUUCA